CGCGGUGCCCUCCCCCUCAACCCCGGCUGUUAGUGCUGUGUGAGUGCGCGUGUGCUCCUGAGCUCGCUCGGCACACAUUCUAUAAAAAAAAAAAAAAAAAAAAAAAAUCUCAAAACAUAAAAUACGCUAAAAAAUCUUUCUUUUUUUCCCCUUUCUUUCUUAAUUAACCUUUUUCUUUUUUUUGUAACAAGUCGGCGGAGCCGGAGCAGACGGUAACGUACGAGCAGGGGCUGUCUAACGUGAACUCUCCCGGUGUCAGUCGACGUGUUACUGGUUCACGAGGGAGGCCGAGUCACGCCGCAAUUUUUUCUUAAUUCUUUUUCUUCUUCUUUUUUUCUUUGAAACCGUCGCGCGUCAGGUUUGAACGACAGUUGUAAUCAUCUGUCCUUUCGACACGUUCGUCUUGAAGAUAUUUCACACGCCAGCGGGGCUUUUUUUUUUUUUGCUAGCGCUGUUCCACCAUCAGCAUUCUGCCCCCGGACUGACGUGACGCGGCUGCAACGUUUGACAACUCAGCAUUUCGCGGCUGUCGCCGAAAAAAACCCCAACUUUUUAUUUAUUUUUUUUUAAAUCUAGUUUUCAUAUUUUUUUUAAUUUGAGCUUCGCCCGAGGGUGUCAGCGGGAGCGACAUGAACCCCAGUGCUCCCAGUUACCCCAUGGCCUCGCUGUACGUCGGGGAUCUGCAUCAGGAUGUGACCGAGGCCAUGCUCUACGAGAAAUUCAGCCCCGCCGGAGCGAUCCUGUCCAUCCGGGUCUGCAGGGACAUGAUCACCCGGCGCUCCCUCGGAUACGCGUACGUCAACUUCCAGCAGCCGGCGGACGCCGAGCGCGCCUUGGACACGAUGAACUUCGAUGUGAUCAAGGGGCGGCCUGUGCGCAUCAUGUGGUCGCAGCGUGAUCCAUCCCUGAGAAAGAGUGGCGUGGGCAACAUCUUCAUCAAGAACCUUGAUAAGUCCAUUGACAACAAGGCUUUAUACGACACCUUCUCUGCUUUUGGGAACAUCCUGUCAUGCAAGGUGGUUUGUGAUGAGAAUGGCUCUAAAGGCUACGGCUUUGUGCACUUUGAGACUCAGGAGGCAGCUGAGCGAGCCAUUGAGAAAAUGAAUGGCAUGCUGCUCAAUGACCGAAAAGUAUUUGUGGGUCGCUUCAAAUCUCGCAAAGAGCGCGAGGCUGAGCUGGGUGCCCGAGCCAAGGAGUUCACGAAUGUCUACAUCAAAAACUUUGGUGACGACAUGGAUGACGAGAAGCUGAGAGAAGUCUUCAGUCAAUAUGGAAAUUCCAUGAGUAUUCGCGUCAUGACUGAUGACACUGGAAAGUCUCGAGGCUUUGGGUUUGUCAGCUUUGAGAGGCACGAGGACGCCCAGAAGGCGGUGGAUGAGAUGAAUGGGAAGGAGUUCAACGGCAAGCUGAUAUAUGUUGGCCGCGCCCAGAAGAAGAUUGAGCGACAGACGGAGCUCAAGCGCAAAUUUGAGCAGAUGAAACAAGAUCGCAUGACUCGCUACCAGGGAGUCAACCUGUACGUGAAGAACCUUGAUGAUGGAAUUGACGAUGAGCGCUUGCGAAAGGAGUUUGCGCCAUUUGGCACCAUUACCAGUGCCAAGGUGAUGAUGGAAGGUGGACGCAGCAAAGGCUUUGGCUUUGUCUGCUUCUCAUCCCCAGAGGAAGCCACCAAGGCUGUGACCGAAAUGAAUGGACGCAUCGUAGCCACCAAGCCGCUGUAUGUAGCCCUGGCCCAGCGGAAGGAGGAGCGUCAAGCCCACCUGACCAACCAAUACAUGCAGCGCAUGGCCAGUGUGCGUGCUGUUCCGAACCCCGUCAUCAAUCCCUACCAGCCAGCUCCGCCCUCUGGAUACUUCAUGGCAGCCAUACCUCAGGCCCAGAACCGGGCUGCUUACUACCCGGCUGCUGGCCAGAUGACCCAGCUGCGCCCGAGCCCACGCUGGACCACCCAAGGCGUCCGGCCACAACAUUUCCAGAACAUGCCAGGUGCCAUGCGUCCUUCAGCACCACGGCCUCAGUCCUUCAGUAACAUGCGGCCUGCCUCCCAGGUGCCUCGCAUGAUGUCCACCCAGCGUGUUGCCGCUCAGACUAUGGGGCCCCGACCGGCGACCGCUGCAGGCGCAGCUGCCGCUCCUGUGCGCGGAGUCCCUCAGUACAAGUAUGCUGCAGGAGUCCGCAAUCCCCAGCAGCACAUGAGUGCUCAGCCACAAGUCAACAUGCAGCAGCCUGCAGUCCAUGUUCAGGGUCAGGAGCCUCUGACUGCUUCCAUGCUGGCUGCUGCGCCACCACAAGAACAGAAGCAGAUGCUGGGUGAGCGUCUCUUUCCAAUGAUCCAGAACAUGCACACCAGCCUGGCAGGGAAGAUCACUGGCAUGCUGUUGGAGAUUGACAACUCAGAGCUGCUCCACAUGCUGGAGUCUCCAGAGUCUCUCCGCUCAAAGGUGGAUGAGGCGGUGGCUGUGCUUCAGGCCCAUCAGGCCAAGGAGGCCGCCCAGAAGACUGUGACAAAUUCCGCUGGUGUCCAAUGUGUCUGAACCCAAGGAGUGAACCUUGAGACUAACUUCAUCGAUGGGGGGGGACUAAAAAGAAUGUGAAAAAGUAAAAAAUACACAAAACAAAGUAAAAUGAAGUCAACUAAUACAUAAAAAAUAAUACAAACAAGUCUCCAGCCAGGCUGAUAAUAAUGAACAGGAAAAUCAUGCCGGGUUUGCUGAGUUAAAAAGAGAAAAUACACAAAAAAGAGAAAAAGUUCAGAGUUAAAAUUUUAAAAAAGUGAUCGAGGGGUUUUAAAUGAGAGUUAGGAUUGAAAGCAUUUCUUUCUGCCAUUUUAUCCCUUUUAAAUGUUUGAAUGUUCGGGCUGUAGAAGCCUUUAUUGUGAAAUUUCCCCUUGACCUUUGCUUGCUUGAAUAAAACAUAUAAUAAUC